UUCCAUUACUCACUGCCCCCGCAGGUGCCUACCUUCCAGAUAACGUCUCCAAACGCCAGCCACGCCAUGUCUCUGCCCCCCGCAGCCCACGCUCCCUACCCACCAGAGGAGGACCAGCCGCUGCUACGGCGCUACCAGGUGCCCCUGCGUGAGGCGCGGGGCCACGAGCCCUACCGGCAGCAGCAGCGUGGCAGCUACCUGCGAGACAGCACUGGCAGCCUUCCCUCCAGCCCCUACCGGCUGGCUCAAGAGGAAGAGUACGAAAGCACCCAGGAGUACCUCUCCUCGAUGGAGCAACCAAAGAGAAGCAGUCGGCACUGGCGCAGGUCCAGACUCAACGGCCACGUGGCGCCACGCGGCUACCAGCCCUCCCGGGACUUAGGCUCGCACAGCUGCCUGUCGGACAGUGACUCAGAGGUGGAGGAAGGUGAGAGCACGCCCUUCCUCAGUAUGCAGAACAUGAAUGCCGCCGAGCCCGUCACCCUCUACAGGCCCGUGCCCGACACGCAGACUUCUCACGCCCAGAGCGGGCGGCACGGGUCUCGCGCCAACACACAGACCAGACUGACGCACUCACGCUCCAAACUGGACAAUGCACCCCACUAGAGAGACCGC